CCUCCCCCUUUCCCUCCUGUCGGUGCUGCCUCUGGGUUCCCGGCGUGUGGGAGUACAACUCUGCCUCUCCGAGGAGACUGGUCGGUGACCCUCGAACAGAACUUGCCCGCUGAAAGCAAACCCAGAACAGCUGGAUAAUGUCCACUCCGAGCAGAUUCAAAAAGGACAAAGAGAUCAUAGCCGAGUAUGAAAGUCAAGUCAAAGAAAUUCGAGCUCAACUGGUAGAACAACAGAAAUGCCUGGAGCAGCAAACAGAGAUGCGAGUUCAGCUUCUGCAGGACCUGCAAGAUUUCUUCCGGAAAAAAGCCGAAAUUGAGACGGAAUAUUCUCGGAACCUAGAAAAGUUAGCAGAAAGGUUCAUGGCAAAAACAAGAAGCACUAAGGAUCAUCAACAGUACAAGAAAGACCAGAACUUGUUGUCUCCAGUGAACUGCUGGUAUUUGCUCCUGAACCAAGUGAGACGAGAAAGCAAAGACCACGCAACCUUGAGUGACAUCUAUCUGAACAAUGUGAUUAUGCGUUUCAUGCAGAUAAGUGAGGAUUCCACCAGGAUGUUUAAAAAGAGCAAAGAGAUCGCAUUCCAACUUCAUGAGGACUUAAUGAAGGUUCUUAACGAGCUCUAUACGGUGAUGAAAACAUACCAUAUGUAUCAUGCAGAGAGCAUCAGCGCAGAGAGCAAGCUGAAAGAGGCUGAGAAACAAGAAGAGAAGCAAAUUGGCAGAUCCAGUGACCCAGUCUUUCAUAUCAGACUGGAAGAGAGACAUCAGCGGCGAAGCUCUGUGAAGAAAAUUGAAAAAAUGAAGGAAAAAAGACAAGCAAAGUAUUCGGAAAACAAGCUAAAGUCGAUUAAGGCACGGAAUGAAUAUCUCCUAACCCUUGAAGCAACCAAUGCCUCAGUUUUCAAGUAUUAUAUUCAUGAUCUUUCAGAUUUAAUUGAUUGCUGUGAUCUUGGCUACCAUGCAAGUCUAAACAGAGCCCUGAGAACAUAUCUCUCUGCGGAGUAUAACCUUGAAACCUCCAGACACGAAGGCUUAGACAUUAUUGAGAAUGCAGUUGACAACUUGGAGCCCAGGAGUGACAAGCAGAGAUUCAUGGAGAUGUACCCUGCUGCGUUCUGUCCACCAAUGAAGUUUGAGUUUCAGUCUCACAUGGGUGAUGAGGUGUGUCAGGUCAGCGCGCAGCAGCCGGUCCAGGCAGAGCUUAUGCUCAGGUACCAGCAGCUGCAGUCCCGACUGGCCACGCUCAAGAUUGAGAACGAGGAGGUUAAGAAAACGACUGAGGCCACCUUGCAGACGAUACAAGAUAUGGUCACCAUCGAGGACUACGAUGUUUCUGAAUGCUUCCAGCACAGUCGUUCCACAGAGUCUGUGAAGUCUACUGUCUCUGAAACCUACCUGAGUAAGCCCAGUAUUGCCAAGAGAAGAGCCAACCAGCAGGAGACUGAGCAGUUCUACUUCAUGAAACUCAGAGAAUAUUUGGAGGGUAGUAAUCUCAUCACAAAACUUCAAGCCAAGCAUGACUUGUUGCAGAGGACCCUUGGAGAAGGUCAUAGAGCUGAAUAUAUGACUACAAGGCCUCCAAAUGUUCCCCCUAAGCCCCAGAAACACAGGAAGUCCAGACCCCGCUCACAGUAUAAUGCUAAGUUGUUUAAUGGGGAUUUGGAAACAUUCAUCAAGGACUCAGGACAGAUCAUCCCCCUCAUUGUGGAAAGCUGUAUUCGGUUCAUCAAUCUCUAUGGUCUUCAGCAUCAGGGGAUUUUCAGAGUGUCUGGUUCCCAGGUGGAAGUCAAUGAUAUUAAAAAUUCAUUUGAGAGAGGUGAAAACCCUUUGGCUGACGAGCAGAGUAACCAUGAUAUUAACUCAGUUGCUGGCGUUCUAAAGCUCUACUUCCGUGGGCUGGAAAACCCCCUCUUUCCUAAGGAAAGAUUUAAUGAUCUGAUUUCUUGUGUCAGAAUAGAUAAUCUCUAUGAGAGGGCGCUUCACAUCCGCAAACUCCUCCUGACCUUGCCCAGGUCGGUCCUUAUAGUGAUGAGGUACCUCUUUGCCUUCCUCAAUCAUCUUUCACAGUACAGUGAUGAGAACAUGAUGGACCCUUAUAACCUGGCCAUUUGCUUUGGACCCACGUUGAUGCCUGUCCCAGAAAUACAGGAUCAAGUGUCCUGCCAGGCUCAUGUGAAUGAGAUUGUCAAAACCAUCAUCAUCCACCAUGAGACUAUUUUCCCAGAUGCUAAAGAGCUGGAUGGCCCUGUUUAUGAGAAAUGUAUGGCUGGAGAUGACUAUUGCGACAGCCCAUACAGUGAGCACGGUACAUUGGAGGAAGUGGAUCAGGACGCUGGUACAGAGCCCCACACCAGUGAAGACGAAAAUGAGCCAAUAGAAGCAAUAGCCAAGUUUGACUAUGUUGGGCGGUCUGCCAGAGAGCUGUCCUUCAAGAAGGGUGCUUCCCUGCUGCUGUAUCACCGCGCAUCCGAGGACUGGUGGGAAGGAAGACACAACGGGAUCGACGGGCUUGUGCCCCACCAGUACAUAGUGGUGCAGGACAUGGAUGAUACGUUUUCGGACACUCUAAGCCAAAAAGCCGACAGUGAGGCCAGCAGUGGGCCCGUGACUGAAGACAAGUCUUCAUCCAAGGACAUGAACUCCCCAACAGACCGUCAUCCUGAUGGCUAUUUAGCCAGGCAAAGAAAAAGAGGAGAGCCACCCCCUCCAGUGAGGCGUCCUGGCAGGACCAGUGAUGGCCAUUGCCCUCUCCAUCCCCCACAUGGUCUUUCCAACUCCUCAAUUGACCUGGGGUCCCCAAGCCUGGGCAGUCACCCCCGGGGCCUGCUACAGAACCGUGGCCUCAAUAAUGACAGUCCCGAGAGGAGGCGUCGGCCGGGUCACGGCAGCUUGACCAACAUCAGCCGCCACGACUCCCUCAAGAAGAUUGACAGCCCUCCUAUUAGAAGGUCCACAUCAUCAGGGCAAUACACAGGCUUCAACGACCACAAGCCACUGGACCCAGAGACAAUCGCUCAGGAUAUUGAAGAGACAAUGAACACUGCUUUGAAUGAACUCCGAGAACUGGAGAGACAGAGUACAGCAAAGCACGCCCCCGAUGUGGUGCUGGAUACCUUAGAACAAGUGAAAAACUCUCCCACCCCUGCCACGUCCACGGAAUCUCUCAGCCCUUUGCACAACGUUGCCCUCAGGAGCUCGGAGCCUCAGAUUCGACGUAGCACUAGCUCCUCCAGUGACACAAUGAGUACUUUCAAGCCUAUGGUGGCGCCCAGAAUGGGCGUGCAGCUGAAGCCCCCAGCCCUUCGGCCGAAACCUGCUGUUCUUCCAAAAACAAACCCUACAGUAGGGCCCACCCCACCUUCCCAGGGUCCAGCAGACAAGUCUUGCACAAUGUAAGAGCAUACGGGAGGUGAUU